AUUCCUCUGCCUCUCUCUCGCUUCUCCAGUUAUCCUCUUCAAGUCGACUCCUUUUUUGCUACACAACAGUCUACAGGUUCGAGCUUUAGAAACAAUGGCGGCCUUCCCCAACCUUAACUCUGACGCUGGAUUAAAGAAGCUCGACGAGCAUCUUCUCACUCGCAGUUACAUCACUGGGUACCAAGCUUCAAAGGAUGAUAUCACUGUCUUCACGGCUAUUUCAAAGCCCCCAACUUCAGAGUAUGUGAAUGUAUCUCGUUGGUUCAACCACAUCGAUGCCCUCUUGAGGAUCUCAGGUGUCUCUGCUGAAGGAAGUGGUGUCACUGUUGAGGGAUCAUCACCUAUCACAGAAGAGGCCAUUGCUACUCCCCCUGCAGCUGAGUCUAAGGAUACUGCUGUUGAUGAAGAAGAUGAUGAUGAUGUUGACCUUUUUGGAGAGGAGACCGAAGAGGAAAAGAAAGCUGCUGAAGAGAGAGCAGCUUCUGUCAAGGCAUCUACGAAGAAGAAGAAGGAAUCCGGAAAGUCAUCAGUCUUGAUUGAUAUCAAGCCGUGGGAUGAUGAGACCGACAUGAAGAAGCUAGAGGAAGCUGUAAGAUCCAUUCAGAUGGAAGGAUUGUUUUGGGGAGCAUCAAAGCUUGUCCCAGUUGGUUACGGUAUCAAGAAGUUGCAGAUCAUGUGCACCAUUGUCGAUGACCUUGUGUCUGUUGACACCAUGAUCGAAGAGCAACUCACUGUUGAACCCAUCAAUGAAUUCGUUCAGAGCUGUGACAUCGUUGCAUUCAACAAGAUAUGAGCAUGGAGAAAAGCUUGGAGAAAGGUCUGUUUAUGUUGUUGUUGUCAUCUUCUUCUUCUUCUUCUAUAUCCAAUUUUCAAAGUUUCUGUUAUCUGUUUUGAGUCUACUAUGUGGAAAGGCUUUGCUAUCUCUGAUUCCUACAUAUCUCAAAUAUACGAGAAUCUUAAGUUUGAAACUAUCGUUCCAGAUUA